CGUGACCUAUAAAGAUACUGCAUAAUACUGCCUUCCUCGUGGGCUGAAGUACAUUAUGUAUUAUCUCUUGUCUACCGCCAUACAUUUCUAGGUCAGGUCACCGGAAGUGAAUGCCGCAUGACUCUAUCAGCACAAUGAGGAAACUGUACUUCGGCGGCAGCAUCAGUGCGGGGAGACAGGACUGCACCCUCUAUGCCAGGAUCAUUGCCCAGCUCGAGGCCUAUGGCAGUGUCCUUACCAAAUAUGUCGGCGACCAAGAUGCCAUAGAAAAGGAGAAGGAUCUGGCACCGAAAGUUAAUCACGACCGAGACAUUGCUUGGCUGAAGGAAUGCGAUGCCCUCAUUGUGGAAGUCACGCAAGCGUCACUCGGAGUGGGAUACGAGAUAGGGAGGGCCGUUGCUAUGGACAAAAGGGUUCUCAUUUUAUUUCGUCCCGAAACUGGUAAAAAAUGUUCCAAGAUGGUGGCGGGUGCCGCUGAUGGCACAACGGUUGUGUUCAAGGAGUACUGCGAGGACCAGCUGCCAGCUAUUCUUGCCGAAUUCUUCUCAGUGACUGAAAACAGCUGAUUACAAUAUUGUUUCUGAGCUCCCCCAAACACUGUUUCGAUCAUCUAUUUGGUGUUUUAUGACGAUAAGAAGGAGUAAUAUUUCUAAACAAUUCAUUUCCAUUAAGUUAAAGCAAGAUUUACUAAGUUUUUUUUAUCAUAAUUUGUAAUAUCAUAAUUUGUCAUAGCCCCCUUGUUAAGUAAGUAGUUGCUUAUAUAUUGUGUAAAAACAAGUGUCGGUGUACUGUUGUGAAUUUGUGAUGUGUGAA